GCCCUCUCCGCCCAUUACUGCAAUAUCAUCAUCAUCCUCUCUCUCUCUCUCUCUUUCUCUUUCUCUCUCUUCAGUCACACGCACAACAGUAGUCUUAUUUUCUCCUGUGCAGUGCCGUGUUCGAAAUCCACGAAAUUAAGAAAUGCUGCUACUCUAAAUUCCAUCUCCAGACUUUGUGAUCUCUCCCCAAGAAGUAAAAUGGCGAUCUUCCACCGAAAUUUACUAUUUUUAUUUGCAAUUUUCUUCAUUUCUCCGACGGAACUGUUGGAGACGGUGACAGCGAUGGCGACUACUACAAACAGCAAAGACCAGAUCACAUCCACGACCUUGAUUGCGAAAAAGAAAGACCAAAUAGCCUGCACAAUGUGCUCCGCCUGCGACAACCCUUGCAACCCAGUGUACUCUCCGCCACCCCCAUCUCCACCACCGCCGUCAACCGGGUCUGACUGCCCACCACCACCCUCGCCGCCGAGUUCCGGUUCCGGCGGCACUUAUUACUACUCGCCGCCGCCGCCCUCGCCCUCGCCGCCGCCUCCCUCGCAGCCAACGACUGAGUAUUCGUCACCACCGCCUCCCUGGCAACCGACGGCAGUGUACGGGUAUCCACCGCCGCCAUACGGAGGCUCUAUUGGCGGCGGUGUCUAUCCUCCACCGACGAGCUCCUACCCUGCGCCUCCACCCCCAAACCCAAUUGUACCCUACUUCCCAUUCUACUAUUAUAGCCCCCCUCCGCCUACUGGCUCCUCAAAUGCCGUCCAACUCAAGUCUCCCACUGUAUUCUCAGGCACAAUCGUUCUUUUCUUGCUACCCUUUCUCUUUUAGAAGAUCCGACUACAAAUAAAUUAACUGUUAGAUUUUGCUGAUCUACAAAUUAGAAACAGAGAAAGAAAUUCCUCUGGAUUCGAUGGCGACAUUCAAAGACGACGACUAAGGGGUUUAAUUCCACGAAGAAGGAAUGAAGGGCCUCAACCUUCAUCUGUAUCUCACUUGUAUCCUUACUCUUCUCCCAUUCUUGCAGGCCCUGUUUUACUUUCUGGUAAUUUCGAUUUAUUUUUCCUUUUUGUUAUAAAUGUGAUUACAAAUAAUGACAUUAGCGAUUCUUGUUUCUUUCA